AUGGGUGCCCUUAGAAGACAGAGAGUCAAGUGCAAGCGUAUCACUAGAGGUUUCGAUCAGAUCCGCAGCGAUCUCGAAUCUCCCCGUCACCUCGAGCAAUAUAAGGAGACUAAAGAUGCCGAAGAUCUGCCUGGUCUCGGUCGCCACUACUGCGUCGAAUGCGCCAAGUGGUUUGAGAGCGAGUACAACAUGAAGGCACACACAAAGGGCAAGAACCACAAGCGACGGGUCCGCCAACUUGAAGACGAACCUCACAGCCAAAGAAUCGCCGAAGCUGCCGUGGGAAUUGGAGCUCCUGACAACGGCAAGCGGGCGGACGACACCGUGGAAAUGCAAGACUGA